AUGGCCAACAUUCUGUUAAGCGAAGCAGAAAAAACUUACAUUCUUCAUGGGAUAGAGAAUAAUUUUCGCAAUGAUGGACGUACUAAUCGUGACUAUCGACCGAUGGAACUAGAAUCAGACAUUGUGAUCCAUGCUUCCGGAUCGGCACGCCUUCGCCUGGCAAAUACUGACAUACUAGUAGGUGUGAAAGCGGAAAUAGAUACACCUCACCCAGAUCGCCCAAAUGACGGAAAAAUCGAGUUUUUCAUUGACUGUUCGGCUAAUGCAGCACCUGAGUUUGAAGGACGUGGAGGCGAACAAUUGUCAACGGAAAUAUCAAGUACCCUUGCAAAAGCGUACGAAUCUCAGCAGGGAUUUAAUCUGUCAUGUCUAUGCAUUUUGGCUAAACAUCAGUGCUGGAAGCUUUACGUUGAUGUGUUAAUUCUGGAAUGCGGAGGGAAUCUCUUUGAUGCAGUAUCGCUAGCAGUAAAAGGAGCGCUGUUUAAUACUAGAAUUCCACGUGUCUCCACAGCCAUGUUAGAUGGAGGAUCGAUGGAUUUAAUUCUCACCGAUGAUCCGUAUGACUGUGAGAAGCUGGAUGUAACAACGGCACCAAUACUUGUGACAGUAGGUAAAAUCGGUGAUCAAUGCGUCGUAGAUCCGUCCGCAGAAGAGGAAGAAUGUAGUGCUGUUAGUGUGACGAUUGGGAUUUCAUGUUGCUCAGAUGUCAACCAAGCCGUUACUACGGUGCGUACAUCAGGAGAAGGCUCCAUCCGAUUAGACACUCUAAAAAAAUGCAUUGAUUUAGCUAGCAGUGCUGGCGCAUUUCUGGAUAAAGCCCUAAUGAGUGCUUUGAAAAAUGAUGAACAAAGAAAUUCAAAAGGGCUUGGUAAGCGACAAAUAUAUGGCUUUUUAAAAUAA